AUGGAUACGAGCGAUCAGCAGGACGAGACAACGAGGCCGUUGCUGGGUCAUGAAAGCAGGGACAUCAGAUGCCGGAGCAGGAACGAGAGCAGGAACACGAGCAGAAGCAGAAGCAGUGGCCAGGCCCUGAAGCGCAGUGGAUGGCGGGCUGAGCUGGGCCUGCUGGCCAAGUACUCGCUGCCGCUAAUCGGCACGUACCUGCUGCAGUACUCCUUCACGGUGAUCACGACCAUGGUGGCCGGCCGGCUGAGCGCCGACGACCUGGCAGCUGCGAGCAUCGGCGUGACGACGAUGAACAUCUUUGGUCUGGCCGUGGUCGAGGGCAUGGCCACGGCACUGGACACGCUGUGCGCGCAGGCCUACGGGGCGGGCCAGCUGACGGGCGUCGGCCUGCAUGUGCAGCGGAUGCUGCUACUGAUGCUGCUGGCCAUGGUGCCGGUCGGCGGUCUCUGGCUGGCUUCGCCGUUGAUUCUGCCGCGUCUUGUCCGCCAGCACGAGCUCGCCGUCAAAGCCGGCUCCUUUUUGCAGCUCAGCCUCGUCGGUCUGCCCGGCUAUGCCGCCUUUGAGGCUGGCAAGCGCUUCCUGCAGGCCCAGGGCGGUUUCCGCGCCGCCAUGAUCGUCCUCCUCGUCUGCGCCCCCGUCAAUGCCGUCCUCAGCUGGCUGUUCGCCUUUCACCUCGGCAUGGGCCUCGACGGCGCUGCGCUCGGUGCCGCCAUUGCAAACGAUCUCCGCCCCCUUCUCCUGCUCGGCUAUGUCCUCUUCUUCGGCCGCUGGUCCCAUACUUGCUGGCCCGGCUUCUCACCCGCUGCCCUCUGCCGCGACUGGGCUCCGAUGGUCCGUCUCGCGCUUGCCGGAUCGGCCGUCACUCUCGCUGAAUGGGCGGCCUUUGAGAUCCUCACAUUUAGCACCUCUUACGUCAGCUCCACCCAUCUCGCCGCACAAACCGUGCUCACCACCACCUCUGUCGUCAUGUGGCACAUCCCCUUCUCCGUCAGCGUCGCUGUCUCCACUCGCAUUGGCCACCUCGUCGGAGCCGGCCUCAUUCCGGCGGCUCGUCGCGCGGCUGCCCUCUAUUCCGUCGUGUUUGUCGUCAUCGGCCUCUUCGACGGCAUCUUCCUCGUCUCCCUGCGCCAUCACCUCGGACUGGUCUUCUCAGACGAUGGCCCAGUGCGCGAGCUGGCUGCCCAGGCUAUGCUUGCUGUCGGCGCCUUCCAGAUCGUCGAUGCCAUCAAUUGCGGUUGCAACGGGGUUCUGCGCGGACUCGGCCGUCAGUCUCUUGCUGCUUGGCUCGUUUUUUUCGUCAACUAUUUCGCUGCCGUGCCCCUUGCCAUCUGGCUGGAGCUUGGCCCCUGGCAUCUGGAGCUCAACGGGGUUUGGAUUGGUCUGGGUCUCGGCAUGAUCGUCAUUGUUGUUGCCGAAUGUGGCUACAUCAAGUAUACCGAUUGGAGCAGCUACAUUUCACGUGAGCAGGGCGCAUGA